AGAAAACCAAUAGUAAAAGUUAGAAGUGCUGUGCUUUGAAUAGUAAAAGUUAAAAGUGCUGUGCGCUUCAAGAAUGGACAAAGCGCGCCCGAACAAGCAUGCUGCCAAAGCCAAGCGGCAUAUCUACAGUUCGGGGGCUGCUGGAACAGGAGGCAAAGCGGAGCCCACGAAUGCCAAGAAUGGUGGACAACCAAUUGAGUGUCCUCUCUGCGAUCGCAUCUUCAAGCAGGACGGUCGCUUAAAGGAGCACAUAAAGAACAAGCACGCAGAUGGUGUCAACCACAAGACCGGCGCCGAUGCGCUGUCCGCCUCUGGAACUGAGGGUCCCGAAGCUGCCGUCGGGUCGGCAGAGGUGGCGGAGGCUGCGAUCCCCAAGUACCUUGUCAAGUCUCCCAAGCAGAUGCUGUCAGAAUGGUGUCAAAAGCAGAAAAGACCUGCGCCCAAGUUCAAGCUGGUGGAGGCGGAAGGAGGCAUGUUUCGUUGCAGGGUGGUCAUCCCAGAUCCGAAGGACUCAGAGAAGGACAUUCUGCUUUGGUGGAACGAAGGUGCGCCCAACUCAGAAGCAGCCCAGCAGGCUGCAGCGGUCGCCGGUCUGCACGCGGUGGCGGGAGAGCGGCGGAUGGAUCGGAUCCUCCCGGAUGAGUUCCGUGAGCAGUGGCGCGGCCUCGACGAGCAAGCGGCGCAGCGCAAGGAGAGGGAGCAGAAGCAGGCCGAGAGGAGAGCGGCCGCGGCAAAGCGGCCUUUGCCGCCGCGGCGCACGGUCCAGUCCGUCUUUAUGAGCGAGGACAACCGUCAGCUCGUCGAAGGGCUCAUCCGUGACAGCCAAGGCCCCGCUGACACCUGGCAAGGCGUCGAUGACGUCAGCAUCCGCAACGCCUCCCCCGGACCUCCCCCAGACACCUUCGCUACUGACUUCGCCGCCAUGCGGGAAACGGUUGAUGCUGACGUUAGCACCGCCGGAACGACCGGCGCUCAGGUCAGCGGAGCGGGAUCCUCUGAAGCGGCCCGGCGGCUGCUCGCCAUGGGCUUCGCCGAGGAUGACGUCACGGGGGCGGUGCGCGCAUGCGGGAGAGGCGCGAGCUUGAAUCGGCUCGUGGAUUGGCUGGUGCUGAACGUUCCGGAGUUCCGGCUGCCCAAGCAAUUCCGGCCGGAAGCGUCUGGGGCGCACGUCGAGGUUCUGAGAAGGGGGGCGAGGAAAACGGGGUCAGCGGGCUUUGAGUUUGAGAUCAGCGCCAGCUGUAGGGAAGUGAUGGAGAGAGGGUUUGGAAGAGAAGAAGCGGAGGCAGCGUUGGAAUUCACUCGCGGGAAUGUAGAUGCAGCUCUUUGUAAUCUCUCGAGGGGAUUGCACGAAAAGCUGUUUCGUUCCGCGGCAGAGGGCUUGGAAGAAAGCAAUGGGGCGCCGGGGGGCUCGUCAGAGGAUCUGCAAGAAGAGCGCGUGGCUUUGGCCGCUAUUUACGGGGACGACUUCUCGGAACUCCCGGAUCGGGGGGGUGCUCUGGCGGGGGGGCUCUCUGUGCGGCUGCCCCCCCAGGAGGAGGGCGAGGAACGUACAAAGGUGGAAUUCCGGUUUCCGGUCGAUUCGAGAUAUCCGGCGGAAGCCCCGUCUGUGUCGUUUAGGAACGGAAGUGCCCCCCCGGGGUGGCUGAAACGGCUGACAGUUUCGGCGCAUAAGAGGGCCGGGGGGCUGCUCGGAGAGCCAAUGCUGUGGGCGUUGGUAGAGGGGGCGAUCGAAGAUAUGGCUUCACUCGAAACCGGGGGUAGCGAGACGGGAUGGCUGGAGGACGGAGUUGGGGCGCUGUCGAUGAAAGAUGGGUCCGUCGAGACGGCGAAUGGAACGACGGCGGAAAUGAUGGGUGGCAACGAUACGGCGCAAGGCAAAAGCAGCCGACUGGAAGCGGGCAGGGGGCAUCAAAAACAAGGGACAGCGCCCCCCCAAAGGCAGAGACGGGAACCGAACCCGUGUGACGUGCGAAAAGAAAGCGAGAGGCUGAAACAGCACUGGCAGAGAUGGCUGCGUGAGGGACGCUCUUCCAAGAUGAGGCAGUCUAGAGAGUCGCUGCCCGCAGCUAAACAGGGAGCCCAGCUGCUGGAGGCUAUAGAGGGCCCUGCCGGGCCGCGGACCCGCCCCAGAGUGACCAUCGUAUGCGGUCAGACCGGUUGCGGAAAGUCGACGCAAGUUCCACAGUAUAUUCUGGAAAAGUGGACAGAGAAGAACUGCGGGGGCGAGUGCAACGUCGUCGUGACGCAGCCGCGGCGCGUCGCCGCGAUCGGGUUAGCGGAGCGGGUCGCCGCGGAGCGCGGGGAAAAGGUGGGCGAAACCGUGGGUUACUCCGUGCGGUUAGAGAGCAAACGGUCGGCGCGCACGCGGCUGCUCUUCUGCACGACUGGGGUGCUCCUGCGGCGGUUACAAAGCGAGCCGGGAUUGGACGGCUUAACCCACGUGAUCGUGGACGAGGUUCACGAGCGGACGGUCGAGGGCGACCUCAUGCUGCUCCUGCUCCGGACGCUCAUUUCGGACGUCCGGAAAGAUCUGACGGUCGUGCUCAUGUCCGCGACGGCGGACGCGGAGGAGCUCGCGGCCUACUUCGGAUUGAACGGUGUUGCUCGUUUGGACGGUCAAUCGGACGGCUGGAAUGGAUCGAGCGGUUCGAAUAGGCGUUCGGACGGUCCGGAUGGUCGAACUAACGUUUCGCGCAGUAGUGUGGACGGACAAAGGAGUCGAUCGGACGGUCCAAACGGUUGGAGUGGUCGAUCGGACGAGUCAAGCGGUCGGUCGGACGGUCCGAGACGAGCCGGGGCUGACGUCAGCGUGGUUUCCAUCCCCGGUUUCACGCACCCAGUGCGCGAGCUGUACCUGGAAGACGUGCUGGAGAUGACCGGGGAAGUGAUCGGGGCGCGCUCGCGGUAUGCCAAGAAGAAAGCGGCGGGGCGGGACGGGGGGGCAAGAAGCGCGGCUGGCCAAGAGAGCCGUGCUGGCGCUGCGGACAAGCGGGCGGAAUCCGCUGGGGGGCCGGCGGAACCGGAGAGGAAGAAGGACGAUGCGCGGCCGGGGUCGUCGCGGGGAGCUAAGGAAGUGGCGGAGAGCUGGGAACUAGACGAAGGUGAAAACGAGGACGCGACGAACGAAGCACGGGACACGGAGGGGGCGCCGGUAUCAGAGGAGGAUUGGGAAGAGACACAGACAUCGGAUCGGGCGUCUUCAGCCGGAGAUCCACCUUCGGGGUCGUGGGCACUUGGGAGAAAAAGAGGAGAGGGCGAGGUAACAAGAGCGGGAAAAAAAGGGGAGAAAGAGGGGGAAGAAAGGGCGCCCGAGCGGCGGUACCGGGAAGCGACGCUGAAGUCGCUAGAAGUGGUUGACGAGACGGUGCUAAAUUACGAGCUGGUGGAGAAGGCGGUGUGCAAGAUACUGGAGGAGGAGCAGCGGCCCUCUACAAGUUACGCCCCCCUCCUCCCCCCUCUCCCACCGGGCACCCCCGACCCCAUCGGGGCAGCGGGCGCCAUCCUAGUGUUCCUCCCGGGCAUGGCCGAGAUCCGACGGCUGGAGCGCCAGCUGUUGGGAUCUCAACGGCUGGCCGCGAUUUGCGGAGGAAGGCCGUGGGUGCUGCCUUUGCACGGCUCCCUGGCGGGAGAACAGCAGCGGAAGGUGUUCGACCGACCGCCCCCGGGGCAGAGAAAGAUUGUGCUGUCAACCAACGUGGCCGAAACGAGUCUGACGAUCGAUGACGUCACCUACGUGAUCGACAUCGGGCGCCAGCGCGAGAUGGCGUUCGACCCCAACAGAGCGCUCGCGUGCCUCGAGGACGUCUGGGUGAGUCAGGCGAGUGCGCGCCAGCGGCGCGGCCGCGCGGGCCGCGCGCGCCCCGGCUGCUGCGUCCGCAUGUUUUCCCGGCGGACGUUCGAGGGCAUGGCGCCCCAGCAAGCGCCGGAGGUGCUGCGGACGGCGCUGGACCAGCUCUGCCUGCAGGUCAAGUCUCUCCUCCCCGCGCGUUCCAUCGCCUCCGUCCUCGGCGACCUUCUCACGCCCCCCUCCCCCUCCGCGGUCGCCUCCGCGCUCUCCACCCUCACCUCCCUCCGCGCGCUCGCCCAAAACCCCGAAACCUUGACGCCGCUCGGGCGCCACCUGGCGCGCAUUCCCGUCGACGUGCGCGCGGGAAAGAUGCUCGUCUUCGGCGCGGUUUUGGGAUGCCCCGGCCCGGCGGCCACGAUCGCCGCGGCGCUUGCCGGGAAGUCGCCGUUCGCGGCGGUUCCGCCGGAGAUUAGGGACGAGGCGGACCGGGUUAAGCGCCAGUUAGCGGGGACCUGGAAGAGCGACCAUUUGGCGGCUGUGGCAGCGUUUGAGGGCUGGCGGGCCGCCGGGAGAGACGGGGGGUGGAGAGCACAGCAGGAGUUUUGCCAGGCCAACUUCUUGUCCCGCGAGUCGCUCCAAUCCAUCGAGGCCAGCCGCGCGGACUACCUGGAAAACCUGGCCGAUCUGGGCUUUAUCCCCCGGGGCUUUGCCCGGGACUUUGUGCAACCGGGGCAGCCGGACCCCGAUGUGAAUGCGCUCAACUUCCGGGUGGUGAAGGCGGUGCUGUGCGCGGGGUUCUAUCCAAACGUUGUUCGAGUGCAGUUGCCGGAGCAGACGUACAAGGAGACGAGCGGCGGCGCGAUGGCCAAGGACGCGCAUGCGCGCGAGGUGCGCUUCUACACGCAGCACGAUGGGCGCGUGUUUCUGCAUCCCGCUAGCACCAACUUCGCGGUCGGCCGCUUCGAGAGCCCCUGGCUCGUUUACAGCGAAAAAGUCAAGACGUCCAAGAUCUUCAUCCGUGAGAGCAGCAUGGUCCCCGCAUACGCGCUCCUCCUUUUCGGCGGCGACAUUUCCGUCGCCCACGAGAAGCAGAGCAUUGCCAUCGAUAAUUGGAUGCGCUUUGAGGCGCCGGCCAAGAUCGCCGUUCUCAUCCGAGAACUGCGGAAUCAGCUAGACAGACUGCUCGCAGAUAAGCUAGAAAACCCUGAGAUGGAUGUGACGAGCCGGGGCGUGGUUGCGGCGGUGGUUAAGCUGUUGACAAAUGAUGGGUUCUAGAAGGAUUACGACAGGGUUUGACUGGGUUUGAAGACAGCUGUAUGUCAGGCGGCUUAAGGUACAUGGCAUGUGCACUCUGACAGUGAUCGGUUGCACAUGCAGCUUGGGAAAGCGCUCAGUACAUGACCAAUGUGCGUGCAGCCUGGCAUUCGUUUACAGGAACCCAGAUUCUGGCACAG